AUGUAUCGCCUAAGGGAUGGCACGCCCUUUAGAGCGUGGCCCCACCCUGGCGGGGGGGAUUGUGGUCCGCACACCAUCACCGAUCUUCGUCGGAUCGAGUCCGGGAUUCCCCCCGGAACAGCCCGCGUGGAACGGGAACAACUCGCCAGCAUCCGCAAACUUCGCCGCGACGUAGCCAGCCUCGGACCGGCACAGAUCCACCCCACAGUGGAGCGUGGGCAAUUUACUGGCGACUUCACCUUUGGCACCGCCAAAGUACAGGAGAGCCCCAUCGAAGAAUUGUUGACCAACCCUCUCCUACUAAUCUUGAAAUGGGAGACAUGGGUGAAGGUGGCGGAACAUGAAGCUGGAUAUUGGGACGGGAAACACAUGGAGGCCGCGGCUGUCGUAUCAGGUCUAGAAAACUUCAGACUCGUGAAGGCGACGAAAGAGGGGGAACUCGUUCGGUGCUGCGGCGCGAAGGACCUGCAGCAACAUUCCCCGAUGGCGAUAUGGCACCCAUCUGGGCACUUCAAGGCCGUGUUCCAGGACGUACCGCAGCCGGCAGCAAAGGAGCCCACCGCCCCGGAGGAGGCGGCCGCCCCCGAGGAGCCCACCGCAGCCACGGACCCCGCCGCAGCCAAGGAGCCUGUCACAGCGAAGAAACCUGCCGCCCCGGAGGAACCCGCCGCCCCCGAGGAACCCGCCGCCCCGGAGGAGGCCGCCCCAGCCAAGGAGUCCACGCCCCCCCCAGGAGGCUGUCGCAGCCGAGGCGCCUCGCGUGGCGCCCAACGACCGCGGGUAGAGGUGGUGGUGGUGGUGGCGGCGGCGGCAUGGAUGGGCGCGUCGAGAGAAGCAGGGCCAUCGACAAGGUGUGGCUCGAGCCUAUUUGCCAACUUUGAUACCGCCAACAUUUACACCUCGCUGGAUUGUGGAGAAGAGGCGGACGACGUGGGGAAAGGAGAUGGCGAGGGGAAGGAGACGAACGAGGCCAUGGAGGACGCGGCGGGAGCACACGUGGGGUCGGGGGUGGGGACUGGGAUGGAGACGGAGGAGACCACGGUUAGGGUUGGCUCUACGGCUCCGCACGGCUUCGUUCGCAGGGGGGUCGAAAUGAUUCGCACGGCGGUUUGGACGUUUUCAGUGGAGUAG